AACUUCUGUUGAUAGCUCAGGUUAAGUGAUACGAACAGAGCCGAGACAAGCCGCAAAGCGUGAAGUGUCGUUUAGCUGUAUGUUCUACAUGAAGACAAGAAAGAAAUUAGAUUUAAUUUAAUUAAGCUCCCACGCUUAUAUUACUGUUUAAUUAACCAUGACAAAACUAUCCAGAAAAUUAAUUCUACUUGCCGCAGUGCUUUUUGUUAGUAGAUGCAAUGGUAAAAGUAUCGCUGCAGAUAAUCAUGUGGAAGAAACUAAGCAAGGUACAGCGUUUACCACCAAGAUAGACACAGCUAGUAACUCAGUUGCAGAUACCAGGACUCGUGUAUCGAAUACGAAGCAUAAAAAUGUUGUAGAUUCUAAACCUAACACUCGCUCUUCUAAAACAACCAGUGAUGAAGUAUGUACUAGUGAAAAAUGCGUAGAAGUAGCAGAGAAAAUAAAAGAAGCACUGAACACUAGCGCAGAUCCGUGUGAGGAUUUUUACGCUUUUUCCUGUGGCGGCUGGAAAGAAAAACAUGAUAUACCGGCCAGUGAGAACGAAAUCACAUCGUUCACAGUUUUAACAAAAGAAAUUGAAAACGCCAUACAUGACUUACUCAAGGAAGAGCCUAAAGAAGGCGAGAGUGACGCUUUGGUAAAAGCAAGAAAAUUUUUCGCUUCUUGUAUGGAUACUGAUACUAUUGAGAAGUUAGGUGCCGAGCCUGCUUUAGAUUUUAUUAAGUAUAUAGGGGGUUGGUCGCUAUGUAAAAGAAAGGAAUGGGAGCAGGGUGAGAAAGACUGGGAUCCUUAUAAAGUAUUAAAAAAACUACAAAGAAAUUUUUAUCCAGCUCCGCCAUUUUUUACAGUAGAAGUUACAAAUGAUCAUUUAAAUUCGACAAGACAUUUGAUCAAGAUUGAUCAGUCUGGAUUAAGUUUACAGAGAGAGAUAUACACAAAACAUCCUGAGAUCGUGGAAGAUUAUGGUGAAUAUAUGAUCAAGGUUGCAAAACUGUUAGGAUAUGAUUGUCCAGAAGUUGAGAAAGAGAUGGAUGAAAUAUUAGAAUUCGAAAAAAGGCUGGCAAAGAUGACCACACCUGCUGAGGCAAAACAAGCUGGAACCUUCAGGAGAAUUAACAUUAAAAUCUUAAAAAGUGUUGUGCCACAGUUUCCGUGGUACUCACAUAUCUCUGGCAUCUUCCCUGAAUCAACUGAAAUCUCAAAGACUGAAGUUAUUCUGGCUACAUCGCCUAUGUAUUUAUACAAGGUGGCAAAUCUUAUCACGAAAACACCAAAAAGUAUGUUAUCCAAAUAUAUCGUGUGGCAAAUGAUUCGUGACAAAAUCAGUUUCUUGACGAAAGAUUUUCGAAAAGCACGCGCAGAAUUCAAUAAAAAAAUGACCGGUGUGGAGGAUACAGAUCCACGAUGGAGAACGUGCACAAGUAUCACUAAUGACAACAUGGGAGUGCCAAUCGGAACACUUUACGUAGAAAAAUAUUUCUCUGAUACGACAAAACAAAAGACGCAUGAUAUGAUUGAAGAAAUCAUCAAAUCUUUCAAAUCAAGAAUACGUGAACAUUCAUGGAUGGAUAACAAAACAAGAAAGGGUGUAGACGAGAAGGCGGACGCUUUGGUUGCUAAAGUUGGAUAUGCAUCGUAUAUCAAAAAACCUGAGGAGCUAAAUAAAAGAUUUGUAAAGUUAUCGAUUGAUGAAGACAAAUUUUUCGAAAACAAUCUAAAUGUUGAUAAAUGGAUCAGAUACAGACUUUUUAAUAAAUUGAGAAAACCUGUCGAUAAAUCAAAAUGGCCUAUGUUUCCACAAACAAUUAACGCUAUGUAUCAAUUUUACGAGAAUGAAAUAGUUAUUCCUGCUGGUAUUCUACAACCUCCGUUCUUUUAUACUGGAGAUGUUCCAAGAUCCCUCAGUUAUGGAGCCAUUGGUUCUAUUAUUGGUCACGAACUGACACAUGGCUUUGACAAUACUGGGCGUAAAUUCGAUAAAAAUGGUGACAUUGUCACUGAAUGGUGGUCCUCACAAAGUCUAAAGAAGUUUAACGACAAAGCAAGAUGCAUUGAGAAACAAUACAGUAAAUACAAAGUUCAAGAUAAAUAUCCAAUCAGUGGAAAAUUAACAUUAGGCGAAAAUAUAGCUGACAAUGGUGGCACAAAACUUUCAUAUGAUGCUUACUUAGAUUGGUUGAAAAUAAAUGGUCCAGAACCAAAGUUACCUGGUCUUUCGUAUGAUAAUAAUCAGCUAUUCUUUAUCGGUUAUGCACAGGAGUACUGCGCUAAUGUACGAAAGAAGACUGAAUAUAUUGCUACUUUAAGUGAAAUCCAUUCACCAUCCAAAUUCAGAGUUAUUGGCACAUUAUCAAAUUUCGAAAGUUUUUCAAAGGCUUUUAAAUGCAGCAAAAACAGUAGAAUGAAUGCAAAAACAAAAUGUGAAGUAUGGUAGCCAACAAACAUUAGAUUUCUAAUUUUUACUAAAUUUUAUAGUGUACAAGACUACUUGGUAGGAUAAUAACAUAUAUUCAGGAAAAGUACUAUUUCGUGUAAAACAUGUUAUCUACAUUAUUUAAGCCUUCUCAGCCACCGUUAGUUUGCACAAUUCUACUAAAUUAGAAUGACUAUACGUUUAUAUAAAAAAUAUAAAACUUCCAUGAGAACUGGUAAACCUUCUUUUCUAAGCCCUUCUUAAAUUAAUUUUGUAGAGUUUCAACUAAAAGUUUGUGUAACAUUUUAUGAACAAAUUAUUUUGCUGAUUUGUUUGAAGAUGAGGAAUUGUCCAGUUUCUUAUGUUCAUAUUGAAAGUACAUAACAGACAGGGCAAAUUUUAAAAUUGCUUUUUUUAAAAAAUCUUUUGUAAUAUUUUGAUUUUAGUAUUAUGCAUAUCAUUAUUUAGAGAGAACACAUAAGAAUUUAGCCAUUGAUAAAAAAUUAGUAUGUAUAUAAUUUUUUUACAUUCUCUUUUUCAUGACAGUUAAAAAAGUUUUUAUAGCACUGUUGUAAAUUAUUUUCUUGCUCCAAAUAAAAUUUUAAUUAUUC